AUGACGUCCGAGUACUCGACAAGAACGGUCGGCGCUGCAAACACUCUUGAACACCGGGUAUUCAUUGAAAACAAAGCUGGAGAUGUCGUAUCCCCAUUCCACGACAUCCCUCUAUAUGCAAACAAUGAAAAAACAAUCCUGAACUUUGUGGUAGAAGUCCCCCGAUGGACUAAUGCUAAGCUAGAGAUCUCAAAGUCGGAUGCAUUCAACCCAAUCAAACAGGACGUCAAGAAGGGAAAACUGAGAUUCUACGGUGCAUUCCCUCAAACAUGGGAAGACCCAACUCACUCACACCCAGACACUAAAGCCAAAGGCGACAAUGACCCACUGGAUGUAUGUGAGAUUGGUGAACUCGUUGGAACUGUUGGGCAGGUCAAGCACGUCAAGGUGUUGGGUACUAUGGCACUGCUCGAUGAAGGCGAAACUGACUGGAAAGUCCUCUGUAUCGACAUCAACGACCCUCUCGCUGCAAAAUUGAACGACAUUGAAGACGUCGAAAAACACCUCCCAGGCCUAUUGAAAGCUACCCACGAAUGGUUCAAAAUCUACAAAAUCCCUGAUGGAAAACCUGAAAACACUUUUGCCUUCAACGGUGAAGCCAAAAACGCUGCUUAUGCUACCCAAAUCAUUACUGAAACCCACGACGCUUGGAAGAAGUUGAUUACGGGGGCUGUUCCUUCCAAGACUGAAGAGUAUGAUAUCAAGGUAUCCAACUUGUCUGUUGCAGGAAGUCCAUACAAGGUCGCUAAGGAUGAUGCUACGUACAAGGGAUUGCCAGCUGACUCGAAACAACCUGAUGCUCCCAUCGACUCUUCAGUCGACAAAUGGUUUUACGUCUCUGGACAACCCAACUUGUAA